AUGAGUAAAGAUAUUAACGAUAAUCCAGUUAAUGGAAGUAAUAAAGUAAUAAAAAAUAUUGAAGAUAUUACUUCAAUGGAUGAUUUGGAUUUGGAUAAAAUAGAUUUAGUUAGAGGAGAGACACCAAUCGAUAUCAAUGAUCAAUGUUUACAGUUAUGUAAGGAUUAUCUGUCGGGUGAAUGGAUUCAACAAACAGUGGACACCAUUACUGUCACACGUAUUACGGGUGGACUCACUAAUCAAAUAUAUUAUUGCGGUAUUAAUGAACCAAAUCCGACAUCAAAAGUACCACAAGAAGUGGCGGUUAAACUUUAUGGUAAAAAAUUUAUAAAAAACAGUAGCGAUAACUACGAAAGACUUCCCGAUGUUAUCAUUGAUUUGAUGAUAUCUGAAAAUCAGCUUGGUCCUAAAGUCUAUGCUAUAUUUGAACAUGGACAAAUUAUAAAAUAUUAUAAGCACCGACAGUUCAAACCUGAAGAGCAAAGUAACACUAAACUGGUUGAUGAGGUGUUCCGCAAAUUAGCCCAAAUUCAUGCCAUGAAUGUACCGAUCAAACGAAGUCAUAACCGAUUUGAUGAAAUAGACGAGUCGUACAAAAUUGCAUUUGAAGGCAAUAUUGAUAUUAAAAAAAUAUUUGAAACACACAAAUGCGAGACACUAUUGACUGCUGAUAUUAAAAGUGAAAUUCAGUUUAUUAGAGGUCUGAUAGAAAAAGUAAACAUUCCUAUUGUGUUUACACACAAUGAUUAUCGAUCGAGUAAUAUAUUAAUUACCGAAUCGGUAGAUAAAACUGACGGUCCAUUAGUUAUCUGCGAUUUUGAGUUCGUCUCUUAUAGUUAUAGAGGUUUGGAUUUUAUGCCACUUCUUCGAGAGUGGGGUCGCAAACAAUUUGAUAUGUCUAACGAUGGCUUACCUCAUGACGACUCAGUUUUACGGCCAUUGAUUGAAAUAUAUUUGAAUGAAUGCGAAAAAAUUUAUGGCAAAGAAUUUACUGCAAAUAAAUUGAAUUCAAUGGAUCACAUGCUUUACGAAUUGAAAUUAAGUUAUUUGAUAUACCAAUUGUUUGUAACACUUGUUUUAAUCAAAUAUGAUUUAAAAAAUCAAACACUGGCUAAUAAUAUACGAUUUGUAAAUAUUAACGCUAAUCCAGUUAAUGGAAGUAAUAAAGUAGUAAAAAAUAUUGAAAAUAUUACUUCAAUGGAUGAUUUGGAUUUAGAUAACAUAGAUUUAGUUAGAGGAGAGACACCAAUCGAUAUCAAUGAUCAAUGUUUACAGUUAUGUAAGAAUUAUCUGUCGGGUGAAUGGAUUCAACAAACAGUGGACACCAUUACUGUCACUCGUAUUACGGGUGGACUCACUAAUCAAAUAUAUUAUUGCGGUAUUAAUGAACCAAAUCCGACAUCAAAAGUACCACAAGAAGUGGCGGUUAGACUUUAUGGUAAAAAAUCUAUAAAAAAUGGCGAUAACUAUGAAAGACUUCCCGAUGUUAUCAUUGAUUUGAUGAUAUCUGAAAGUCAACUUGGUCCUAAACACCGACAGUUCAAACCUGAAGAGCAAAGAAACACUAAACUGGUUGAUGAGGUGUUCCGCAAAUUAGCCCAAAUUCAUGCCAUGAAUGUACCGAUCAAACGAAGUCAUAACCGAUUUGAUGAAAUAUUAGACGAGUCGUACAAAAUUGCAUUUGAAGGCAAUAUUGAUAUUAAAAAAAUAUUUGAAACACACAAAUGCGAGACACUAUUGACUGCUGAUAUUAAAAGUGAAAUUCAGUUCAUUAGAAGUCUGAUAGAAAAAGCAAACAUUCCUAUUGUGUUUACACACAAUGACUAUCGAUCGAGUAAUAUAUUAAUUACCGAAUCUGUAGAUAAAACUGACGGUCCAUUAGUUAUCUGCGAUUUUGAGUGCGCCUCUUAUAGUUACAGAGGUUUGGAUUUUAUGCCACUUCUUCGAGAGUGGGGUCGCAAACAAUUUGAUAAAUCUAACGAUGGCUUACCUCAUGACGACUCAGUUUUACGGCCAUUGAUUGAAAUAUAUUUGAAUGAAUGCGAAAAAAUUUAUGGCAAAGAAUUUAUUGAAAAUAAAUUGAAUUCAAUGGAUCACAUGCUUUAUGAAUUGAAAUUAAAAAUGUUUUAUAAAGAUUAUUUGGUGCUUAAACAACGUUAUAAAGAAAUGAAUUUGAUUUAA